AUGCGCUUCAUCCAGUCAACACUCAUCAGCCUAGGGCUUUCAGUCCUGGCAGCUGCCUCUGAUGAAGAUGUCGUCUCAUUCCCUGCCAUCGGAGAAGUUGAUGUCGUCUUCCCACGAAACGAUACAUACGCCGUAGAAGCGCCUUUCCCUGUUAUUUUCGGCCUCCAAAACGCCCCAGUCUUGACCACUUUCAGCGGCACACUCAACUGGGAGCUUAACUGCCGCUACACGCUUUUUGGCAUCGGAAGACUGUACCUGGACUUCAUGCCUGACUCCGAGCCCUACUACUUUCUCAACACCAGCGACGCCAAAGCCGAUCCUGAUGAGGACCAGUUUCAAUACUGGCGCGAAGAGGAAGACUCUUGUAUGCUCAAGUGGGACUUCCGAUGGACUACCGUCUGCGAGCCUCGAUCUGACGGAAGCGUUCUUUUGAAAAACAAUCAAUUUGAACGCUCUGGAAAUGUUACUUUCAAACUCCGUCCAGGCGCAAAGACUGCUCGUAAGGCUAUUUCCGAAUACGACGAUUGUCCCAUUGCCGGCACUGCCAUCAAGCUCGAAAGAAAUCACACAGUUGGGUGUCCCAUCCUUGCGGGAGAUGCUUCACCAAAGCCAAAGCCUUGUGGCCUCGAUGUCAAGAAGGCUCGAAGUAGCCUCGCAGAGGCCGUGGCUAAGCCUACUACCAGUCUGACUGAAAUUCCGAGCAAGAGUACAGAUGCAGUUGUGGCAACGGGAACGAAUAGCGGCGCUGCGCCGACGGAUAUUGGAGUGUCAACAGGCAAUGGUGCGGAUAGUGGUGCUGACAAUGAUAAUGGGACACAAAGCCUCAGCUUUGGUGGUAUGACUGGGAUUUUGACUUUACUUGGUGCUCUUUCUUGCAGUAUUGGAAUUUCACUGUUCCUGUAG